AUGACUGACACGCCGAGAAACGGCGCAAAGCCGUCCGCCAUCCCGCCCAUCCUCCAGCAGAAUGGCAAGGCGUGGGACGACCAGGACAAGCUCUCCGACUACGUCCCCAUGAGCGCCGACCUCAGCCGAGCUCCCUCGGCCUCGGCCUCGGCGUCAAGGGUGCAGAGCCGCUCGCCAGACUCGGACGCCGAGCAGCGUUCUGACGACGACGACGACGACGACGAGAUCGACGAUGACGGCGACGUCCAGAUGGGCUCGCCAACAAAGACGGCCAGGCAGAUGGAAAAGGAGCGCGAAAAGGCAGAGAGGUCGGCUGCCCGGAGGCGCGACCAGGUAAAGCGGGCGGCGCAGAACGAGGACCUGGCAAACACGCGCGAGGAAAUGUCUAAGUCGAAGCUGGCCGACAGCAUGAAGCGAUUCAGCUACCUCCUCGGGCAGACUGAGCUCUUCCAGCACUUCAUCGACAUCAAAAAAGGGCGCGACCCAGAGUUCGCAAAGAUGCUCGAGGAGUCGCAGGAGCAGUCCAAGAAGAAGGGCAAGAGGAGCGGCGACAACCGCAGGAGAAAGACGGAAAAGGAGGAGGACGAGGAGCUGCUCAAGGAGGGCGACGAGGCCGAGGAGGGCGCCUUUGUCUUCAACGAGAGCCCCGCCUACGUCAAGGGCGGCAAGAUGCGCGACUACCAGGUCCAGGGCCUCAACUGGAUGAUUUCCCUCUACCACAACGGCAUCAACGGCAUCCUGGCAGACGAGAUGGGCCUGGGCAAGACGCUCCAGACGAUCUCGUUUCUCGGUUACCUCAAAAACUUCCGCGACACGCCCGGCUUCCACCUCGUCGUGGUGCCCAAGUCGACGCUCGACAACUGGCGCCGCGAGUUUGAGCGCUGGGUGCCCGGGUUCAACGUCAUCACGAUGCAGGGCACCAAGGAGGACCGCACCAAGGUGAUCCAGGACCACCUCCUCACCCAGGACUUUGACGUCCUCAUCACCACCUACGAGAUGUGCCUGCGCGAAAAGUCGGCUCUCAAGAAGCUGUCGUGGGAGUACAUUGUCAUCGACGAGGCGCAUCGCAUCAAGAACGUCGAUUCGAUGCUCUCGCAGAUCGUGCGCGCCUUCAACUCGCGCAGCCGGCUCCUCAUCACCGGCACGCCGCUGCAGAACAACCUCAUGGAGCUGUGGAGCUUGCUCAACUUCCUGCUGCCCGACGUCUUCUCCAACUCGGAAGACUUCGAAUCGUGGUUCAAAGGCAAGGGCGACGAGAACCAGGACCAAGUCAUUCAGCAGCUGCACAAGGUUCUGCGCCCCUUCCUGCUGCGCCGCGUCAAGGCCGACGUCGAGAAGAGCCUGCUGCCCAAGAAGGAGGUCAACGUCUUCGUCGGCCUCACCGAGAUGCAGCGCAAGUGGUACAAGUCGAUCCUCGAAAAGGACAUUGACGCCGUCAACGGCGGCGUGGGCAAGAAGGAGGGCAAGACGCGGCUGCUCAACAUCGUCAUGCAGCUGCGCAAGUGCUGCAACCACCCGUACCUCUUUGAUGGCGCCGAGCCCGGCCCGCCGUUUACGACCGACGAGCACCUCGUCGACAACGCGGGCAAGAUGGUCAUCCUCGACAAGCUGCUCAAGAGCAUGAAGGAGAAGGGCUCGCGCGUCCUCAUCUUUUCGCAGAUGAGCCGGAUGCUCGACAUCCUCGAGGACUACUGCCUCUUCCGCGAGUACGAGUACUGCCGGAUCGACGGCAACACGGCGCACGAGGACCGCGUGGCGGCCAUCGACGAGUACAACCGUCCCGGCAGCGAGAAAUUCGUCUUCCUGCUGACGACGCGCGCCGGCGGGCUGGGCAUCAACCUCACCACGGCCGACAUUGUGGUCCUGUUUGACUCGGACUGGAACCCGCAGGCGGACCUGCAGGCCAUGGACCGCGCCCACCGCAUCGGCCAGACCAAGCAGGUCUACGUCUUCCGCUUCGUCACCGAGCACGCCAUCGAGGAACGCAUCUUGGAGCGGGCGGCGCAGAAGCUGCGCCUCGACCAGCUCGUCAUCCAGCAGAACCGGGCGCAGCAGCAGCAAAAGGCGCAGCAGAGCAAGGAGGACCUGGUCGACAUGAUCCAGCACGGCGCCGAGAAGAUCAUCAAGUCCAAGGACGACCUGCUGGUCAACGACGACAUCGACGCCAUCAUCUCGCGCGGCGAGGAGCGCACCCAGAAGCUCCAGCAAAAGUACCAGUCGCUCAACCUCGACGACCUCAACAACUUCAAGAGCGACACCGUCUACAACUGGGAGGGCAACGACUUUUCCGAGCGCAAGCCGCUGGGCCAGCUGUGGAUCGAGCCGAGCAAGCGCGAGCGCAAGCAAAACUACUCGGUCGACAGCUACUACCGCGACGCGAUGCGCGUCACGGCCAAGCCGGCGCAGCCCAGGGCGCCGCGGGCGCCGCGGCAGAUCAACGUCAACGACUUCCAGUUCUACCCGCAGCGGCUCAUCGAGUUGCAGGACCGCGAGACGGCGGCCUACCGGCGCAGCAUCGACUACAAGGUGCCGCUGCGGGAGCCAAAGGACGACGAGACGGCCGACGACGUCGAGCGCGAGCGCGCCGACGAGCAGGCCGUCAUCGACGCGGCCGAGCCCCUGACCGAGGCCGAGCAGGAGGAAAAGGAGCAGCUGGCGGCCGAGGGCUUUUCCGAGUGGACGCGGCGCGACUUCCAGUCGUUCAUCAAGGGGUGCGAGCGCUACGGCCGCAAGGCCAUCUCGGCCAUCACGGCCGAGAUGCCCGAGGGCAGCAAGACGGAGCGCGAGGUGCGCGAGUACUCGCGCGUGUUUUGGGAGCGGUACCCGGAGGUGGCCGACCACGAGCGGCUGAUUACGCGCAUCGAGGAGGGCGAGGCCAAGCUGGCCAAGCAGCAGGCGCAGGAGUCGAUCCUCAAGAAGCGCGUCAACUCGUACCGCGCCCCCCUGACGCAGAUGAAGCUCACCUACGGCCAGGCCAAGGGCAAGAGCUACAGCGAGGAGGAGGACCGCUUCCUCCUCGUCAAGCUGGCAGAGUACGGCCUCAAGGAGGAGGACGUGUACGAAAAGAUCAAGCGCGACGCCGCCGCCUUUCCCGGCUUCCGAUUCGACUGGUUCAUCAAGUCGCGCACGCCCCAGGAGAUUGGCAGGCGGUGCAACACCCUGCUCCUCCUCAUCAUGAAGGACGACGAGGAGAGCAAGAGCGGCAAGAAACGAGCGUCCGACGUCCAUGCCAACGGCAACGGCGGCGGGGCCAGCUCGCGCGGCUCGACGCCGUCGGUCGCCGCAGGCGGCGGCAAGAGCAAGAAGCGAAAGACGUGA